GCAGUGAAGAAAGAGCAUUAAAUGCUAAGAGUGGUUCAAGAUUAGAGCUCGGAAAUGAAGGUCCAAGUGUUUCCUGUUUGAUGAAACUGAUUCUCGUACCCUCAUUAUAGUGUGGGUUUGCUGUUCUGCUGUGCUACUGCUGCAGCAAAUUUCUCUAUUUAUACCAGAUAAAAUGUACAUAGAUGUCACAACUCUGAUGUUACCUUCAAAUUUGGUCUAUUUAGUUGCUGGUUUUUAAUUAUAUUCAGAGCUCAAAUUCUUGACACAGAUGGCUGUGAUAUCAAGUGGCAUUAUAAAUUCCUGCUGGGUGUAUUUAUAUUAGUCAUCCUGAUAAACCAAUCAUAAGCUGUUGUUUCUUAUUUUAAUUAUUAUAGUAAGUGUUCCCUCACAGUUUGUAAUUUAUAUGUUAGUCAAGGACUGGAACCUCCUGGAUAAUAUCACCUAUAGUUUACACCUAUCAACAAAACUAACCCUUGCAGAAGGCUGUAUUAGUGAAUAGUAGAUGUCUAAAAUGUUACCAUUUCAAAAGAAGAGUCCUAACACUGACAGUACUCAAAAACAUGUAAUAAAUUUGCAAUCUUUAGUCUCAGGGUUUUAGUGGCUUGCAUCCGGAAUAUCUGCAACAGUGCUUUGGGAUCCCCCUUGAAGUCUUCACUGAAAGCUGUUUCUUGUAAAGCCAUUGGCCCAGCAGAAUGGAAAUCAGAGCGGGUUAAACUUCUGUUUCUCAAGCAGGAUAUUUGAACUGAACAUAUUAAACCUGACUGGAAUAACUUUCACCAAGUACUGUCACCAUAAUGCCUUCAGUACAGACACAGACAGAGAGCUAAUACAGCUGGAAACAGAAGGAUGAAUGCACCAGGAUGUAGAAUGAGAGCAACUGAACGCUGGAGGUCUGCUUUUUGGAGAAUAAAGGAAGUCAAAUAAGCAAUCCGGGCUGUGCACUCAGGAGACACAUCCACAGAGUCCAACCCAGGAUAAUUCCCAGCUUUAAUCUCCAGCUCUGUAUUUGUGAAAAACUUGCCUCUGGUUUUCACAUUUCACUCCAGUGGCAUCGUGCCUACCUUGUGAGAUUUCGAGCCUGAUGUGAUGAAUUGCACCUGUCCAAAUGGUGAAGCAGGAACAACUGAAACUAGAGUUGGCCCAAUGCCUUAGAAAGUUUCCAGAUGAGCGUUUAUCUCUCUUGUACAGCUCUGCACUUUUGCUUUCCUACCGUAGUUGCUUGCCAUAUGCGUGUAUCUCUAACUGUGAAUAUAGACUUCUUUUUAUAUUUUGAUUUUCUUCUUGAAUUAUUCUCUUUUCUGCAUGUCUACAAAUAUAAGCAAAAUGAAAAUUUAAUAGCUCAGUGUAAGGUCGAAGCUUUCUUGGUCACUCUUACCUUGAGGAUCUGUGGCAUAAAACUCAGAAACUUCCCUCUAAAGGCUUUAAAUAUACAUAGCCAAAUCACCUCAAAAGCUCAAUCUAAAAUCAAGAGAUUAAAUUGAUCUGAAUGAAACACACAUUCUCCUGAGUUACUUAUUGUCAUUUUACUAGCUCUUCAGUCUUUCUGGAGUUUUCCAGAUAGAUAUUACUGUAAAUAGGCAUUAAAGGAAAAAAAAAAAAAGUAAUUCUCUGUAGCUGGGAAAGGGUGCUUUUGAUCAUUACUUUCACAGUACUUUGCACAUGAGGUUUGUGCUCUUAGUUAAGAUUUCCAGCUGGAGAACCUGAGGCAUGGGAAGGAUAAGAACUUGCUCCUUCACAAGGAAACCAGCAAGUGAGCCAUAAAGCAAAUGCAAGCCCAUCUGUGGCAAGCUAGGCCUCUCAAAUGUCUAUUUUUGUGUAAUCACAUUAGGGAAGUGUCACUAGGUGGUAAUUGACAAAAUCUGUUACUGUUUCUCAAGUUUAUAUGAGGAGUAAAUGAGAAAUCUCUCAUUAAUUUGCUUCUAAACUAUAACAUUUGUCACAAAGCUCUUCAUAACCAGCUCUACUUUUCUAAUACAUGAAAUCAACCUGAAAUUAGAACUGAACAGGAAGCCUGGGGAAAGCCUUCAAAAAGUCUUUUAUAUAAUUCACAGCAAAUUGGAAAAGUGCAAACCAAAGAUCUUUUGAAAUCUCGAAUCUUAUCUGUCCUCUGGUGUUUGUUGGUUUGUAUGAGCCUUGUUUGGGUUUUGCUCAGAGAGGAAACUAACUUAUGUUAAAAUGUAUUUAUUCUGACAAAGUACAGACAUUUCAAUUUCACUGGGAUGCAGAUUCAACUGGAAAAUUAAUAUAAUGAACUGAAAUAGUCAGAAGUAUGAGUGAUGAAUGAGUUGCCUGUCAUUUACAAAUAUGAAGCUCUGGGCUCAAAGAAGGAAAUCAAGAUUCUGGUCACAAAAUAACACUACCUUUCCAUUUGUGGUGAACUUCAGCUUAUCUUUUUGGUACCAACUACUGCUUAUUCAUGUAAGCAAAUUUCAUAAUAUUUGCAUGAAAGUUGUAGGAAAUUAAUUGUGGUUUGGUAAGCAGUAUUAUUCCAAAACCAGUCUUAUUUCAAGUAUUUUAUAAUCUGAAAAAAGUUGAGGCUCACACUGCUUUCAGCAUUAAUUCUUUGUCAGACAAUUUCACUCCACAACAGGUGAUGAAAUUUUCCUAGUUUAGACCAGCUAGUGACAUAGGCUACUGUUUUUCUUUACAAUUGCUUAUUCCUUGUUUGCCUGUCUGUAUACAUUAUAAUAACACUAGCCCAUGGAUCAGCUUUGACCACUCCCAAUCUUUUAUUUUCCAGAUUUGCCAUGUUUUCAAACAGUAAAAUUGGUUUAGUCCUAGUCUUCAUCAUCAAGCAGUCAACAUGCCAGGCACCGGUUUGGUAACUAUUCUUUAGUGCACAGGCCCAGAGUGUGAGGGUUUUGUAUGGUUGUUUGGUUAGUUGUGGGUUUUUUUAAUGAUUUGGUUGUGGCUCACAGGUUUUGGGUUUUUUUUCGUCCCAUGGUCGAAAAAGAUACUUCCUUUUAAAAUGUAGUCAAUAAUAAUUACUGAAUUUUGUAAAUUAAUUCAUAUGUAUAGGAAACCAGCAUUUCAUGAGAAUUUCUGUGUGUCUCUUGAUAAUCUGAGUAAGCUGAGAAGAUUUGCCUUGGAGUAAGCUGUGUGUUCCAGUGGUCUCAGACAGAAAGAGCUUUAUUUCUGUUGGAUGGUAAACUUUAAUGGAAACAAUAGCCUGCAAAGAGAGCAUUUUCUAAGUUCAUGGAAAUCAUUCAGACCAUGCUUAUAUUUUGUUGGUAAACACUGUUCUUUAAUUCAGAAAGCAGUUUGUACUGGCCUGGGGAAGCCUGUCUCAUUUGAUAAUGGGCUCUGAAUCCAGUGGAUUAUUGCAGGGAUUUUAUCUUGCAGUAAUCUCCAGGGGGAAACGUACAAACAGCUGGGAGAGCAAGAAGGAGCUGCAUUGUGCGGCGGGAGUUUGUCGAGCGGAGUUUUAGGGUGCUGGAGUGGAUCUCAAUAACAACAUGAAUCUUUUCUGUUUUUCUCUGGAGGGCUCAAUGGACAGCUUGUAUGAGCCUGUCCCAGAACAUCAGGAACCCAAGGAUACAACUACUACUGACAGCCAGGCUAGCACUCCAGCGAGCCCACCUCUGAACUGUGGACCACCUGAUAGGUCUAAGUCUUUGGAAUUUCCUGACUUUGAGAACACAGUGACCAAAAAAAGAAAAUCCAUCCAGAAGUCCAUGUCUGAAAAUGAAGCAUUUGACAGGAAAAAUGUGAAUGGCACACUUUGGCAGGGUUCCAGGAAGCCGGAGAAUGAUUCGUACAUCAGAAGGCACUGUCAGCUUGAAGAAGAUAAUAUUAUUGCUGAUGGAAUACAUUUGCUGCAAGGAAAGAAGAUAGAAGAAACAACAUGCCAGGUAAUAAACUAUGAGCAAUGGAUUCCACCGCGAGUUCACAAUCCAGGUGCGCCUGGUAACAGUGAAAUGGGUACAGAACCAGAAGAUAAAGUAGAGUCCAUGGGAACAUUAAAACGACUGCAGAAAUUGGUCCGAACAAAAAAAACGAGUACACAAAGCUUGGAAGAUGUUAAGCAUGUUUUGCUCCCCCUCAAUGCGUUAGAGGAUGCUUAUCUCUCUGAAGAGGAUGAAGAAGCACUGACUUCUUGCAUGAAGCUGACAAGACCUCAGGAGAAGAAAACCUGGAAAGACAGCUCAAGGAGAAAAGAAGAGAGUGAGACUAGGCCAGAUUUUAUUUCUGCGUCUCUGGGCCGCACAUACACUUCCAGACUUAAUAACUUAGGAACUAUUUCAAUUCAUUCGGAAACUGAAUUUCACUUGUGGAGUGACUGGAAGGCGUUUCCUGACAACCAGCUCUGUCCUUGUGACUUCUUGAUUUCAAAAAUAGAAGAAUGGGAAAACUGUACUUGCUCUUCUCAUCAGCCACAUCUCACAUAUUCCCUAACUGAUAUGGAUCUACAGUACUCCUGGCGCACAAGCAGCUUUGGAAGCUUUGACCGUUUCAGGCACCACUCGAUAUCAAAGACAGAUGAUUCAGCUGAGAUCUCUGAGCUGGAGACUAUAAGUGACAUUGGAGAAACAGUACAAACCAAAGCAGCAAAUAAUGGAGGAAGUCUGAGUAAGAAGAUGAGAGCCAUCUCACUCACCAUGAAGAGAAAGAUGGGUAAAAAGUACAUCAAGGCACUCUCUGAGGAAAUGAAUGAAGAAGGAAAAGACGACAGUGAUCCUGGUGGUGGAAUACACACUGAGAAGGUAUCCCUAAAAACCAGUGACUCUUUGGAAAGUCUCUAUAGUCUGAACAGUGGCCAGAGCUCAUCUAGUGGGGUGACCAGCUGCUCAGAUGGAACGAGCAACAGAGACAGCCUCCGGUUUGAUGAUGAGGUCCCCUACAGUGGCCCCUUCUGCGGCCGGGCCAAAGUCCACACUGACUUCACACCAAGUCCUUAUGACACUGACUCUCUGAAAAUCAAGAAAGGAGACAUUAUAGAUAUCAUCUGUAAAACCCCCAUGGGCAUAUGGACAGGCAUGCUGAACAACAAAGUAGGAAACUUCAAGUUCAUUUACGUGGAUAUUAUCUUGGAAGAAGAAGCUGCACCCAGAAAGAUAAACCAGCACCGAGGAAGCAAAAGGACCAAGCCUAAAACAUUGCAAGAGCUCCUGGAAUGUGUCCGCCUGCAGGAAUAUGCCUCAACCCUCUUGCUAAAUGGCUACGAAACCCUAGAGGACUUAAAGGAUCUCCAGGAAAGCCACCUGAUCGAAUUAAAUAUUUCAAACCCAGAAGACAGGGCAAGAUUGUUAUCAGCAAUUGAAAAUCUACAGGAUUGUGACACUGAACAACAGCAAAAAAGUGAGGAUGGUCAGGAGACACAGAACUUAAGCCCUCACCCAGACUCUGACAAAUCACAGUUAAAUGACUGUCCAAGAGAUUCUGGCUGUUACAUCUCAUCAGAAAAUUCAGAUAAUGGCAAAGAAGAAGUAGACCCAGAAGCCCUGUCUGACAUGGUGCAGUCAAUAGCAAUCACUGAGUCAAACUGAUUCAGUCCUGCUGCUUCUCUGGAGAUUUUCAGAAAAGACAAUCAGAUUUGGCAGUAUGAUGGCACAGAAGCAGAACGCAAAAUAUUCUCAACACCAAAAAUCUACUUUUGUCUGAUGUAUGAUGCUCUAGACUGUUUAAUACGUGGACACUUGAUAGCUAAAUGUUAGUUGAUAAUAAGAAUAUCUCACAUUUUUCUUUUCAAUGAAUCCACAGACUUUUCACUGAAAAAGUUUAUACAUAAGUAUUUAUAAAUAUUUGUACAGUGAAUGCAUUUUCUAUAAUAAUAGAGAUAUUUUUUAGGUAGUGGUUCAUAAUCUGGAAAUGUUAAUUUCUGGAACUGUCUAAAAUGUAAAUAUUGUAUAUAUUUAUUUUAAAAAUAUAUGGAUUGAUCACACUGUCUCUAUUUUCAGCUGUGUUUUGCUGAUAUAUGUACAGAAUGUACUUUCAUUGGUAUAUCAUCAUAAUAAAGAAUGGAUAUAUUCAAACUCUACUUUGAAAAGUACCAAGCUAAUUCUCAUUAAUAUUAAAACUGUUUCAUACCACUCCUCUCCAAAAGGAACUCUAAAGUAGACUAUCAUCUCCUGUACUUUAUCUUGAAGGCAUGAAAGAACUGUAGGGUGAAUCUGAAUCUAGUUCUCUGUGUUCCUUAUCUUUUAGAAGAACUCAGCCACCUGAAUGGCUUGUGCAGUGGCAAUUCUUUUAUGGUUAUUUUCACCUGUUCUCAUUUGUCCCAAGCAUUACACAGAGAAUGCAAGCUUGGAGAAAAAAAAUAAUCAGUAUCAAUGUUAUGCUUUUAUGAUAAUCUUUUUGUGAAGCUGUUGCCUUUUGUGUGUGGUGUGAAGUUUGUUAAUAGAGUAUUUGUUUGUAUACAGAACUCGAAAGCUAACACGGUUAUUGUGCAUGAUUGUCUUUCAUAUGAGAUUUUAUUGUCUUUUCCCAGUAUAUUUCACACUGGAAUGCACAUUUUAACCGCCUGUCUUCUUUUAGAGUACUUCCUUCAAUAAUAAACAGAAGAAUGUGUUUAAGCCCUUUAAAAACUA